GCCCUUGGGCGCUGCACACGCGCAACGUGCGCCCCGGAGCCAGGUCUCCCGGCACUGCCGGCCCGUUCCCGCCGCAGGCGGGCACAACGUUCCCAGCCGCCCGCCUGCCGCUCUCGGGGCCCGCGGGUGCAGCUCUCCCAGCGAGACCGCGCCGCUGCCUUCCCGCCAGGGCGGGAGGGAAGCGGCUCUCGGGCUACGGGAGCGCUUCCGGGGGACAGGAGCGCUUCCGGGGCGGCGGACCAGGGCCAGCAGCUGCAGCAUGACGACGCUCCGUGCCUUCACCUGCGAUGACCUCUUCCGCUUCAACAACAUCAACCUGGACCCGCUGACGGAGACCUACGGGACACCCUUCUACCUGCAGUACCUGGCCCACUGGCCCGAGUACUUCAUCGUGGCCGAGGCGCCCGGCGGCGAGCUGAUGGGCUACAGUGCUCCUGCUCUGAUGCUCUGUAUGUUCGCAGUAAUGGGUAAAGCAGAAGGCUCUGUGGCUAGGGAAGAGUGGCAUGGACAUGUUACUGCUCUCUCUGUUGCACCAGAAUUUCGACGGCUGGGUUUGGCUGCUAAACUGAUGGAACUACUGGAAGAAAUUUCGGAAAAAAAGGGUGGAUUUUUCGUUGAUCUCUUUGUGAGAGUGUCUAAUCAGGUUGCAGUAAAUAUGUAUAAGCAGCUCGGCUACAGUGUGUACCGGACGGUAUUGGAGUACUACUCUGCUAGCAGCGGAGAGCCAGAUGAAGAUGCUUACGAUAUGAGGAAAGCUCUUUCCAGAGAUAUAGAGAAGAAAUCAGUUAUACCUCUGCCUCAUCCUGUGAGACCAGAAGACAUUGAGUAACUGUAAACGGUGAUUCUCAGACAACCUAGUAAGAGUGUCAGUUUCCUUCUCCCCAAAGCCCCCAAGAACUUAAAGAUGAGAAAUAUUAGGCUCCAUGUUUUUCCCUGUGAAAUACCAAAAAGCAAUAUUGAGAAGCUUACCAGCGCUACUUCUGUUGGUAUUGGCUGCAUAUUCGUGCUUUUACCCUACUGUUCUUCCUUUCGAACCGUGACACUUUGGAGACUAUUAAAAUGGAAUUGCCUCCUGUA